UCGGACUGGUAGUUUAAUUUUUUAACUCAUCUGUUCGAAUUUUUACUCUUGACGAGUGAGUACUUUCUGCAUCCCUGCUUGGUCAAGAGUGGAAACCUGCCCCAUGUUCAGUCAGCUCAUGUUCACUAUUUGAUUGGUCCCCAAAUUCGCCAUUUUGUUUACUAUGAAGUGCACAAACCUGUUUUCCUGCUCAGUCUGGCUGAACUCGGCCCUGCUUCUGCCAGAUCAGCUAUCGAGAAGAAGGAAGGAAAUUAUUUAUUUAACGACGCACUCAACACAACUAUCGACAAGAAGGUAUUCCCCAGUUUGAAAAUCUUCAUGGGAUAUCUUAUGAAUAAUACAUCUGGGAGCUUGAAACUGUGCUUUAACCGCAUUCUGCAUUUGAGAAGACCAAUGACUAAAAUUUGCCUUUCCUCCAUAUUCUCAAUCUCACUAGCCGAAUUCUACAGCAGUAAUUCUUUGUUUAUAUGGAAGUCAAAGACCCCAAGCAAUCAAAGUCUUCCCGUCACCCCAGUGACAACAGUGACUCGCAAGAAAAUGAUAGUCUCAUUGAGGCCUCCAAGAACUCCUCGGACAUUUUCCCCCCGGCUCCCGAUGGUGGCUGGGGCUGGGUUAUUGUUCUAGCUUCCUUUGUGAUAUCUGUUAUCUGUGAUGGUUGUUCGUUUUCGUUUGGAGUUCUAUUUUCCGAGUUGCUGGAUGCGUUUGGUGAAAGCAAGAGUAAGACAUCAUGGGUGGGUUCUCUCUUUCUGGGAAUGUCUCUGCUGUUGGGUCCUUUUGCGAGUGCACUAAUUGCGAAGUAUGGAUGUCGUCGGGUGACUAUUUUCGGAGGACUGGUGUCUGCAGUGGGCUUGAUUGCAAGUUCUUUUGCCACCUCUAUCAACAUGCUGUGCAUUACCUACGGCCUGAUAGCUGGUGCAGGGAUGUCAAUGGGCAGUAUCACCUCGGUGGUGCUGGUUUCAUUCUACUUUGAAAAGAAAAGAGCACUAGCCACAGGACUCUCUCUAUGUGGCACAGGAAUUGGAACAUCAAUCUUUGCUCCGGUUUCUGAAAUUCUGAUUGCAGAAUAUGGAUGGAGAGGCUUUUUGCUCAUCUUGGGGGGUGUUGUUAGCAACAUCAUUGUGUGUGGAGCCCUGUUCAGGCCACUGAAGUUCACACCUGAACAGAAACACAGACGCGCUCUGGAAUCUUUUGAGAAGAUGUCUAGGGCAAGAUCAAAACAGAGUCUGCCCUCGCAUGGACGAAGCAGAGUUGGAAGUGAGAACAGCGAUUCCAGCCUCACUGGCUACUCGGAUGAGGAUGCAGAGAAGUACGAAUUGGAACAAAUAAGUCACUCUCAGGUCCAAAUUCCAACCUUUUUGAACUCUGAACUCAAAGCUGCAAUUACACCAGAAGUGGUUAGCCAGGUUCGAAGAAAUGGCUCCACCAUUGAACAGAUGUUACAAAAGUAUGUCCACACCUUAAAUCUGGGCAGUACGGAUCUUCCAAACGGCGUUCAGCUGCUGACUGUCUCAAGUGAUGACAAGAUCUGUUUCAAAACAAAGCAAGAAGAAUCAAAGGAAACCGAGCACAAGAAAGCUCUGGUACCGAACAAAGAAACAAAACUUGAAAUGUUCAUGAGCAUACCAGUGUUUAGAAAAGAUAUAUUUUACCGAGGAAACAUUCUCCGGCUACCGUUGUCUCAGCAGCGAUCCCUCAGCUGUCCAGAAUUGUACACAAUUACCUCCCUUGUUGAGGAUGAAGACGAAUGCAGCAUUUUCGAUCGGUGUCCACACUUUUUACGGCUGUCCAAGAAGGUUAAGAUAUUUGUGAAGAAUAUGUUUGACCUAAAAAUUCUGAAACACCCACUGUUUUUCUUAUUUGCAUUUUCCAAUUUGGUCCUGUACUUCUGGGCUGAUGUGCCAUACGUGUUCAUCGCUGACCGAGCCAUAGAGUUGGGAAUCUCCGAUGACCAAGCCUCGUUGAUCUUAUCCGUGAUGGGCAUUUGUAACACAGUUGGGCAGGUGGUUUUUGGCUAUCUUGGAGACCGCAAUAUAAAUCUGUCGAUCUUUUAUGGGCUGACAGUAAUCAUCUCUGGUAUCUCCGUCAUCUGUAUCCCGCUGAUGUACCAGUACUGGUUCAUGAACACGUUUGGAGGUAUCUUCGCAUUCUUCGUCAGCUCCAACUACACCUUGACUACAGUGCUACUGGUUCAGUACAUUGGACUUGACAAGCUGACCAAUGCUUGCGGCCUGCUGAUGAUGAUACAGGGUGUGACAAAUCUCAUCGGCCCACCGUUUGCAGGCUGGAUGAGUGACAAGAUGGGAUCAUACGACGAGACUUUCUAUACAUCUGGCAUCUUCAUCAUCGGCUCUGGAGCCAUGAUGUUCUUGGUCCCGUUUACCAACACGGCGUCUCGUCAGUGGCAGUCAGUCAGGUUUGAAAAGGAAAUCAUCUGCAGUGAUCCCAAGCAGCCUCAACAGGACCCUGACCAGGAGACGCCAACAGCUGUACUCUGCAUUAAGACACCCGGGCAGGAGGCAGAGCACGGACAAACCGAGCCAUGAGAUAGUCUGCAUUAGAGAGUCUGGGGUCUAAUUCACUGCAUUAGAGAGCCUGGGGCCUAAUUCACUGCAUUAGAGAGCCUGGGGCCUAAUUCACUGCAUUAGAGAGCCUGGGGCCUAAUUCACUGCAUUAGAGAGCCUGGGGCCUAAUUCACUGCAUUAGAGAGCCUGGGGUCUAAUUCACUGCAUUAGAGAGCCUGGGCCCAUAUUUUCGAAGCUAUCUUAGUCAUAAGAAAUCGUAAAAUCAUCGUAUGGUGUGACGUCACUACAGCACACGCCAUAGUGACGUCAUAGCUUAUGAUGAUUUUACGAUUUUGUAGGCUAAGAUUGCUUCGAAAAUAUGGACCCUGGGGCCUAAUUCACUGCAUUAGAAAGCCUGGGACCUAACAGAGCUAAUUAAGAGAGCUUUGUGAAUUGGACUCCCUGGGCCAAUAUUUUCUCGGCAAUCUUAGCCUACGGAAUUGUAAACAUAUGCUGUAGUGAUGUCACUAUGGCAUGUGCUGUAGUGCUGUCAUUAUGACUUGCUGUAGUGCUGUCAUUAUGACGUGCUGUAGUGACGUCAUUAUGGUGUGUGCUGUAGUGCUGUCAUUAUGACGUGCUGUAAUGACGUCAUUAUGGUGUGUGCUGUAGUGAUGUCAUUAUGAUGUGCUGUAGUGAUGUCACUAUGGUGUAUGCUGUAAUGACGUCACUAUGGUGUGUGCU